AUGGAUUCAAAUACAGAUGUGGCCGAUUUGAAAAAGCAAUUUAUCAUUUCGCUGCGGAAGAAGUGAGUUUUCAUCUUUUCUACUCUAUUUGCAUGAAUUUCCCGCAGAUUUCCGCGCGAUUCGUCGUCGGCGAUCGCAAUUGCGACCGUCAAUCUCAUCCGUAAGAUUAUUUUCCGCGAAAAUCCGAAAACAAUGCAUGAGUUGCGCGUUUCGCUCGCCAAUCACUGCCGGAAGUUGCACGCGGCCGAGCGCUCCGAAAUGAUCAUCAUCAAUAUCGGAUUGAUGAUUUCGAAAUUGGCGCGCGACGAAAUUCUGCAGAAAAAGGGCGGCGCAGAGCCGGAACCGCUCUACACUUUGUGGCGGGACGACGCCGAAGUGGAAGAGAAACUGAAAACGGCCGAUAUGAAGAAGAUACGCAAGGAUCUGCAGCUCUCUAUUAAGGAGGUCAGCGGACAUUUGCAUUUUUAGGGCCGAAAAAGUGGGGAAAAUCGAAAAAUGAAUUUACUUUUUUGCAGUUGUCGACAGAAAUCGAGUCGUCGCGAGAGUGCGUGGCGGCCCAGUCGACCGAAUUGCUGUUCAACAACGAUUUCGUGAUGGUGCACUCGCGGGCCUCCUCGAAAACGAUGAACGCCUUCCUGGCGCACGCGACGAAUGCGGGCCGCAAGCACAAAAUCAUUGAUAUUGUCGACGAGGAGGAGGAUUUGGAGACGGCUCCCGACUACGUGACGCCCAUUCAAUUGUACGAGGUCGCCUCCAAAAUGCCCAGGACUACCAAGGUCUGCGAUCUAUAGAAGCAUGUGAAAUGUGAAAAAGUAUUUCAGGUGGUGCUGGUGGCGGCGUGCUACUUUCCGGACGGAUCGUGCCUGGUGCCUGCGGGCGGUCACCAGAUAGCCCUCCUGGCGAAACGGCACUGCGUUCCCCUGUACGUGCUGGCGCCGUUUUACAAACUCUCGCCGUUCUUUAUCACCUCGCCGGACACCCUGCACACUUUCCGCCGCAACACCCUUCCCUUCAACGUCGCCUCGUUCGGAGCCAAUGUGGACGUGCUGAAUCCGGCGUUCGACACGAUCCAAUCGGAUCUCAUCACUCUUUUCGUCACCAACAACGCGUGCCUCAUUCCGUCGCACAUCAACCGAAUGAAAGAGGACUACUAUCACGCGCAGGACGUGGACAAUUUCGGCGAUUUUUAG